CGGAACGAUUAAAGUGUAACACAGAAACACUCACAUGGUGUUUGUAGAUGUAAACAAUGAACAUCUACACGUACAAAACUACGAAAUGUGUUCAUCGAUCGAUUUCCACUUAGUCUGACCAGAAACAGGAGGAUUUUGCGAUAAUGGCUUGUAAUGAUGACUGGCAUGUAGCUGCGCGCCGCAAAGGAGCUGCUAGAAGAGGAAAACACGCUUCAAACCCCAAACUAGACUCACACCAGUUGUCUGACUGCAAACCGGACAAGCAGAAGAUAAUAAAUGCCAUGAAUGAACUGAGAGGAGAAAACUUCUGGAUGGAGUGGAAAGAUCUCCUCUCUGAGCGACUUCUAUCCAGUGCUCCUGGUUCCUCGGAGCAGAAUGGAGAAGUUUUUCUUCAGCACUGUGUGUGUUAUGGUUUGGGUCACUUUGCUUCUUGUGUAUCUGCCCGGUAUCAGCUUGCAAUGUUGUUACUGCUUCUAGAGACACUGCAGAUCCCAGUGGGCAGUUGUUCUGUGUAUGAUCCUGUGUUUUCUGAGUCAGAGUGUGAUGUACUCAAGGAGCUGGGCUUCACCGUGUUGACCGAAAAUGAGGAGGGAAAGCGAGCGGUUUAUCAACCCACCCUGUUUUACCUGAUGCAUUGUGGGAAGGCUCUGUAUAACAACCUGCUGUGGAGAAACUGGACGCCUCAGACGUUGCCAAAAAUUAUUAUAAUUGGCAACAGUUUUCAUGGCAUUGGAGAGAGGAUGCUUCAGAGAGAGUUUGAGAGAGACUACAGCUUCCUUUCAAAUGUGGUAUGUGUGUGUGACGAGACGUCUCUGCCCUGCUCCCCGCGAUUCCUGGAUGUGUUCAAUGACACAGCACUUAUUCAGUUCCCUCUGGAAAAUCUAAAUAAACUCCCAGAAUGCAUUUGGACCGAGCCUUCAGAGCCACUGUACCAACACUGCCAAGAUCUCGAGAUCAUUCAGAAAGAGAAAAGGAGCUGAAAAUAUCACAGCCUUAAAAAUUGUGUCAGAAAAAUCAGUUUCUUGUAUACGUUGUUUUUUUAUUCUAAAAAUAAAUAUACUGUAGUUUUGUCUUUUUUAA